AUGGGUACUGUUUUAAUUAAAAGAAGAAGAAAAGUCUCAAGAUAUGAAACUCUAUCAAUUAUCAAUAAUUCACAAUUUUUGUCAAUUGGCUCUGAUGGGAAAAAACUCUAUGCAAAUGAAUAUAAAGAUUGCCUUCCUUGCGGUAAUGUUAAGUUGCUGAUGAAUGAAUAGUUAUUAUUUGAAGGUACUUAUGAAAAUGUCCUACCACAUGGUUAAGGUAUUUAGAUUGAUUCAAAUAAUGGGAAGUAUGUGGGGAAUUUCAGAAAAGGUAUAAGAGAAGGCUAUGGUUUGUACUAUUAUUCUAAAGAUAAUUUCUUUGCAGGUAUGUAUAAAGACAAUAUGUAAAAUGGCUUGGGGUAUAAAAGAUUCAGUCAGGGUUAAAUUAUCAUUGGUUAAUGCAAAGAAAAUAAAUUUAAUGGGGAAUGCCAAUUUUUUAUUUUGAAGGAAUCAGAUGAGAAGAAAAUCAAUACUAAUCUAAAAAUAUGGCUCCUUUCAUUUAAACCUGUUGAAGAGUAACUAAUGCCAGAAUCAAUUUUAGAAAUAUUUGAUACCAAUCAGCCAUAUUAUCUAAAGUAUUCAGGAUAAUUUGUGGAUGAUGAAUUAACUGGAUAAGGGGAAUUAAUGAAUGAUAGAGGUGAAAAAUGGGUUGGGUAGUUUACUCAAUUUCUUCAAAAUGGAAUUUGCACUUAUUACAAAGAUGAUAAAAUGAUAUAUAAAGGCGUUUGGAUAAUGGUAGAACUCUAAGAUGAAAUUGAAGCCUGA